AUGGCGCCGUUCAACCCGCUCCUCCAGCCCGUAACGUUCCUCUCUCCCUCUCAAACCCCAAUCUCCAUCCCCAUCACCACCAUCGACGCCUUCAACGACGAAUCCAUCAGCGUCUCCAUAAACUAUGCCUUCCAGCUCGGCGCCUGCACCAUCCUCCUCCUCGUUCUUCUCAUACUGACACCGCCCUCUAAACUGCGCCGCUUUCCUACAAUCUUGCACAUCGCAGGGCUGGUCACCUGCAUUAUCCGCAUGGCCCUCCUCCUCGCGUUCUUCCUCUCGCCCUUCAACCACUUCUACCAGUUCUGGUCGGGGGAUUAUUCCUCUGUUUCGAAGCACUAUUUCUAUAAUAGUGUGGCGGGGAAUGUGUUCUCCCUGCUCGUGGUGCUUGUUCUUGAGACGGCGCUGAUUCACCAGGCAUGGACCAUGGUGAUUCUCUGGCCUACCGUGGUGAGGGUGUCACUGUGUGUUGUUUCGGCCGUUAUUUCGUUGAUGGCUAUUGGGUGGAGGUUUGCAUUUGCGGUUAUACAGAGCAAGUCUGAUGUUGAUCUUGUUCCGGCGAGGAAUCUGGAGUGGGUGGUGAAAUCGGCUCUCAUAUUGAACGCCUUGUCCAUGUGCUGGUACUGCACGAUUUUCAAUAUCAAGCUUCUGAUGCAUUUAUUUGCGAACAGAGGCAUUCUCAAGUCCAGACCAACGUUAACUCCAGUGGAGGUGCUCGUCAUGACGAACGGCAUACUCAUGUUCGUUCCAGUCAUAUUUGUAGGUCUCGAAUGGGGCCAUUUCCCAAACUUCGAAGCCGCCUCACUGACCCAAACGUCCGUCGCACUCAUCCUCCCCCUCGGAACACUUGCAGCACAGCAAAUGACCGGCGGCGGAAGCAUGCGCUACAUUUCCGGGAGCAACAAGUCAGGCAGCUCGUACGGCAACAAGGAGAAAGUUGCCUCUCCCAUCACGCCGGGCGGUUUCUCGAGCGUCAGCACGACAUGUGGUCCUGGGACUCGCCUUCAGAGGUCAAUGCUGUCGAAUGGCAUGGCGGGUGGUCGACGUGCAAAGAUGGAUCAUUUUGACCUUGAGCUGAGGCAGAUUGAUUCGACUAGUGGUCUUGCUGAGGACCAGGUGCGUGUGGAUAUGGACUUGGAACAAAAAGAGACGAGAAUCUAG